ACGCCAGCAACAGAACAUCUAAGCAGAAAGGAGCUGCUUCUCAGGACUGGAGAAACCUCUUGGUCUGUAAUAGCUGUUUCUAAAGCAGGAAAAUGUCUGAUAUGGAGGAGCACGACCCUGAUACCACAGCCGACGGUGAAUCGGCCGGUGAAAUCAUCAAUAUUCCUCGUCCUUCAGAAGAAGCAGAAGGGUCAGAUACAUCGCCAGAGCCAGAAUCUGAAAUGGGGGAAUUCACCACUGAGAGCGAGGAGACAGUUGACAGGCACAGUGAACUCAGUAUUUCAACCCCCAAAUCCUAUGACUCCAAAGCCAGGGAAGAGGUCAUGUUCCUUGAAAGUCCCACAGAAUCUCAGGAACAAGAUUACAAACUUCCAGAUUACCAGAGAGCAGAAGAUGAUGAGCUGUCAUUUCUGCAUAAAAUAAAAGCUAUAAAGGAGAAUUUGCAGACAUCAGUGAGAGAGUCGUUAGCAACAGUGAAAAUCGUACUCAUUCCUGCGGGCCAGGAGAUAAUAAUGCCUUUUAGAGUUGACGCUCCCUUUAGGUUCCUCAAGGAACACUUUGCACACUUAUUGCGUAUCCCACACUAUGUUCUGCAGAUAACGCAUGCAGGAAUCAUUGUUGGGAAUAAUGAGUCUCUAAUACAAUAUGGAAUUAAACCACAAGAAAUUGUUCAAGUGGAGGUAUUUUCCACACACCCCGACGAAUAUCCGGUGAGAAGAAUCGAGGGCUUGAGUGAGGGCUCCCAGAUCAUAACGGUCACCAUCCAGACCAGCCUCGAUCGCUAUGAGGAGGUAGCAGUUGAGAUAAUAAAAUCUGACUUCCACAAGCCAUUUCUUGGUGGCUUUAGACAUAAAAUAACAGGACUAGAGUAUCACAACGCUGGAACACAAACUGUACCUAAAAAGAUUCCUGAAAAAACCAAUCUGUUCUGUCGGGACACCCAGACAGUUUUUCAGAGAAAAAAGCUGCAACAAACAACAAAUACAACCUCCACUCAGAUGACUAAAAUUGGGGUGUAUGUGUCAAACAUGACGGACAAACUUCUCAAGCCAGGGAACUACUUUUCAGCAGCACAGUACCACGCUCGGCGGUUGAAUGCGGUGAUAGUGAUACAGACUUCCUACAGGCGAUGGCAUGCUAAGCGCUAUGUAGACAGCUUGAGACAACAAAAGAAAUUGAGGUUGGAGUGGGAAGCACAGCAAGAACUCUUGAAGAUUCAAGAGAAGGAAGAAUGGAUACGAAUGGACUAUUACCGGAGGCACAACCCUAAAACAACCGAAGACUUUGAGCUCCUUUACAAUGCUCUAGAACUUUGGCGGCAAGAAGAAGUUACACAAGUUGACCAAUAUUCAAGUGAAGCUGAAAGAAAGGCUGCUCUGUGUGAACUUUUGGAAAAAGAGACACAGAUAAUUGCUUCCAUCGGGAGACAUAGAUAUGUUGCUCGUAUGGAGAAGCAGGAUGCAGCUAUACAAGCUUUUCUGGAUAAGUGUUCAGCUCCAAAUGUCUGGAGAAGACCUGAUGGCAAAACCAUUGAAAUGGACACACAAUUCACGAUAAGAGCCAGAGAGCUGCAAAGCAUCUAUAAGUGUAUCCUGCUGAAAGACCUCUCUCAAGAUGAGAGGCUGGAUAUACUCCUGACGCUUAAACACACUGUGAAGGAACAUGAGUGUAAACUGACCCAGGAAAUCCUAGAGUUGGUUGACAGAGAAGUUGAUCUUAUGAUGAGAGGUGUCAAACCCCAUAAUCUCGAAGGACUCAGAAAGAGGAUCACAACACUCUUUAUCCACUACAUCAAAACGCCUCUGUUUAAUCCUGAAGUCGCCAGAUACCUUAAGGUCCCUCAAGACCCACUGAAGUUUUAUGAUACGAUUUACUUUUGCCACAGUUGCCAAAUGUAUCUGCCUUCUGUAGAGUUUUCUGUCUCACCCACCUCGCAUCGUGUGUACCGCUGCCGGCACUGCGUAAAUCUGGAGAAUGAGACUCAGAGGCGGGAAUCAUUUUUGAAGUACAAGUGUUUACUUCAGCGGCUCUACUACUCAGAAGCCGAUUAUGUGGAUAACUCCCAGAUUGCUUUUCUGAUGCAGCUUCAGGAUAUUAAAUACUUGACGGAGAACAUCUGGGCAUCCCAGUCGGCCCUUAGCGCUUGGGAUGACCUCAAUGACCUGGUCAUGGUCAGGUGGGAUAAACACAGGGAGUGGUCUCCCUGGAACUGCAUUCUUCUCACCAAGGAUGAAAGCGUAGCUCAUCUCAAGCUAGAGAGUAUUGAAACGGGAUAUGGACGCCUUUUUAUUCACAAGAUCAAGCACAAACAUAUUCUGGCUAAAAACUAUUUUUCACAGAUCCCAACACUGGCUUCACUUAUACUUAAGGAUGAUGAAGUAGAAGCUAUCAGAAAUAAAUACUCCACAGAGAGCCCACCUAAAAUCAUAAUACCCCGUGGGAUUGAGCCACAUUAGAUUCAGGGAUAUGGAUUUGAUAAUGAGCGUCUUUGUUCUUUACGAAGAGAGUAAUACAGAGGUCAUGCAACAUGGAGAACCACCUGUAUAUUUCUAUUCGUUUUAUUUGUUUUAUCUGGUAUAUUGUUAUAUGAAUAGAAAAAAAAUCUGUAUACACAAACCCUUGUUAGGUGGUUAGUCAUCUAUAAAUUUGAUACUAAGAUUAAUAGUUAAAGAGAAAAUUUUUAUCUAUUUUCAUGUUAAUUUAAGAAAAAAUGCUUUAUAGUCAAAAUACAUCAGUGAAACAAAACCUUGGCUUAACCUUCAGUGAAAGCAAUUUAUUUAUUUAGCAUAUACUUUAUGAGUAUAAUCAUUCUCUAUAAAUAAGCCUGUAUUUUGAUAUAAGUAUUUAAAUAUUUUACUUUUAUUGUACUUUAUUGUACUACCUUUACCUUUUAAGUGCAUAAUCCAAGAAAAGAUACUAUAACAAACAAAUAAAAAAUCUGCAUUGCAUGCCAUGAAGCAAGGCAAACAGUAAAAAUGUUAUGUUAAACACACUAUGGGUGAGUGUUGAGAUUCUGUAAGAAGCAAAAACUUGAUCAAAUAAACUGUCCACUGCCUCUCAAUAAACUACGCAAUAACCCUG